AUGACGAUUAAUUUGAUACCCACCACUCCAUACUUCACACUACAAGUGUCCCAGGUGAUAAAUGAAGCCCUGGAGACUCACUUCCCGGAUCGCAGCGUCCGCGUCAUCGCGGAACCGGGCCGCUACCUUGCGGCAGCUGCGUAUUCGCUCGCCGUCAUGAUUUACGCCAAGAGGGAGAUCGUGACCAAAGACGCCAGUGGCGAGGAGGAGCCACACACCAUGUACUUUAUGAACAGCGGGAUAUACAGCUCCUUCUACAGCGUACCCAACCACAACCAGCGGGUUAAGCCCACCACUCUAUACCCGCACACAGAGAAGCCACUGCCCUGCUCGCUGUGGGGCCCGACGUGCGACAGCCGGGACUGCGUGAUGCCCUCCAACCGCCUCCCCCCCUUGCCCGUCGGCUUCUGGCUGCUGUUCCGAGACAUGGGAGCUUACAUCAUUCCUGUGGCCACUGACUUCAACGGGUUCCCGCUGCCUACCGUGCGGACAUUAGUGGACCAUCGUCUGUGGUCAGUGCUAAAAGGCUUAUGGCCGCUGGUGGAGGCUCACAAUCAGUGCGGGCCGCCCUUGGGGGCGCUCCCGCUUGUCGCGCGUGUGCGCGCUCAACGAAGACACACUCUACGAUCCUUCCUGAAAACUUUUUUACUCUCUAAAGAGUAAAUAGACUUUGUUAUCCACGCGCAGCGCGCACUUACACAGAUUGUUGUAGCCAAUGCAAAAAUUAAAACAAAAACCAGAAGUAUUUUUAGAGGUAUACUUUGGACAUUCCAUUUUCCAUUUACAGGGUCCACUGGUAAAGCAAGGAGGGCAGUGUACAGUAGACUCACUACUGACAUUCCACUUGUCAGUUACUAAACCGCAUUAAUGAAAAACUGCGCGGAAUGUAAACUGAAUCAAUGUUGUAACAAGCGGUAACAUCCGCUAAUGAUACUACAAGUAUCAGUAGCGGAGUUUUAUAGGAAAAGAAAUCGAUUCCGGCGGGACUCGAACUCGAA